AUUGAAAUGGGAAAGGUAUAAAGGCGCGAGGACAAAAGACGACUUCGUUGGCCGAGAAAAUUUCCAAGAGCCGCCCCGUAGUUCAGGCCGCUGUUGCUUCUCGGAUGGUCAUUUGAUGGAGUGGUAGUAUCUCAAUCAAUGGGCAUCAAGAGAGAGAGUAAAAGCUCCGCUUCUGCAACAUCGCCGUGUGCUGAUCUCAGGGCUGCUUAUCACAAUUGUUUCAAUCGAUGGUACUCGGAGAAGUUCGUAAAAGGUAAUUGGGAUGAAGAACCCUGCGUCUCCGAGUGGCAGAAGUACAGAGCUUGCCUCUAUGAACAUUUGGAUGAUAAGAAGUUGAAGCGUUUCUUGGAAGAGGAAACGCUUGUUCAUUCCUCCAUGAAAUCUGAUGGGAGUUAAGGAUCAAGAUAGUCUUCCUUGUUGAUGGUACGCUUGAAUUCAUUGGUUCCUGCAAUUACACUGACAGUUUAUCUUGUUUGAGGCCAUUACGAACUUGAAAACCAUGUCUACUGUAAUUCGCCAUUGUUAGGAUCAAAAUGGCUGCACAUUGAAGUUUAGUUUCUAUCUCUCCCUCUUGACUGUACCACUAUAUUAGAACAAAUGGAGGGUCUUGCUAAUUGUGAUUUAAACUAUUUGAAUUUUGAAGAACAUCUGAACUUUACUUA